AUGACGAAUUCUUUGAUGACUGAGAGGAAUGUCGGGAAGCAUUGCAGUAUGUCGAUGAGAUCCAUCAAGCAGGGAUCUAUACAAGUGAAUUUCCCUGCAGGCUACCGGAAAUCCAUUGAUGUUGUCAACAAACUUCCUUUUUGUGGGAUGUCAGCAAACUUCUUGUGCAAGUUUUAUGAUGCUCUUCUGCACCAUCAGAACCCGACAGCUAGCAUAUGA